GUUUUUUUUUUUUUUUUACAUCCUUCGACUUGUAGUGUUUGUUUUUUCCUUUUUUUUGGUAUGUCAUAUGCACUGUUUGAUCUUUGAAUGAUUUAGGACUCCAAAUUUUGCUUUUACCAAAAGAGUUUUAACAUUGACAUCAGGCCCAGUAAGAUGCCCAUCAGUCAUGAUGAAUUAAACCUUUCGCUAACCCAAAUUAAAUGGAAGCCGAACAGUUUGAUAAAGUGGGGUGAUUGGUGAGCACCGACGGCGAGGACGACGCUUUGCCAUUCCCGAUGCUCGGCGAUUCCUAAUUUCCUAUACCUUCUGAUAAACCAAACUUAGUUCAUCUUCCUGGACUCCUAGUUCAGACAACCAGUCUACUCAGCAUUGAAAAGGGUCGGAACUGUGUGAACGGUAACAACAGUAACUUGAGGUUUAUAAAUAUAUUUAUAUAUGGACAAAAUCAGCGGGUUAUCUGAUGAGUUGCUUAUUAAGAUAUUGUUGUUUGUUCCGACAAAAGUUGCUGUAUCCACUAGCAUCUUGUCAAAACGAUGGGAGUAUCUUUGGAUGUGGUUGCCUAAACUUGAUUACGGUAGUAGUUAUGAUUCACCCUCUCAACGCGAGAAGUUGCGGUGUUUUCUUGAAAAAAAUCUGCCAUUACAUAGAGCUCCGGUUAUAGAAAGCUUCCGUCUUGACUUAAUUAGUUCAAAACAUAAUAGUCCUGAGAGUAUCAAGCUGUGGGUUGUACUAGCAGUUUCUCACUGCUUACGUGAGCUGGAGGUUAUUUAUGAUAAUUAUCAGCGGAAGCCAAACAUAUUGCCGAGUAACUUGUAUACCUGUAAAUCGCUCGUGAUCUUGAAACUCCAAGGCGAUAUUCUCGUGGAUGUUCCUCGAAUGGUUUUUCUCCCCUCUCUGAAAACUAUGCAUAUUCGAAGUGUGAGAUACUUAAAUGAAGGAUCUCUUCAGCGGCUUCUAUCUAAUUGCCCUGUUCUUGAAGAUCUAUUGGUGGAUUUAAGUGUGGGUGACAGAAUUGGAAAGUUAACCGUUGCUGUGCCAUCUUUGCAGAGUUUAUCGCUCUAUGUACCUAAUUCUUAUGAUGUCGAUGGGAUUGUGAUAGAAACUCCUUCUUUAAAGUAUUUUAAACUUCUAGAUCAUAAUAGAAAGAGUCACUACUGCUUGGUUGAGAAUAUGCCUAACCUGAUCGACGCAUUUGUAGAUGUUGAUUUACAUAACAUCAAUAGUCUUAUUGGAUCAAUCACAUCUGUCAAGCGUCUAACAAUAUGUUCAGAGGCUAUGUAUGUUGAAGGUUUUGUCUUCAACCAGCUUGAACAUCUGAAGCUAUGUUUCGGAAAGUUUUCUUCGGACCUGCUUGUUCGGCUGCUCAAAGAUUCUUCAAAGUUAAAAGUUCUGGACCUUUACGAAAUGGAUGAUCAUUUCCAUGAUGAUAGAAUGGUUUACUUGAAUCAACCAAGUAGUGUCCCUGAAUGUAUGUUGUUGAGUCUACAAACUUUCAAGUGGUGGGGAUACACAGGAACACCAGGAGAGAGAGAUCUUGCAGUUUAUAUCUUGAAAAAUGCCGUUCACCUGAAGACUAUGACAAUCAGCUCAUCUGAACACGAAGUUCCAGAAUUAGAGAUGAUAAAGGAGUUGGCACUUUCUUCUAGAGCUUCAACGACAUGCCAACUCGUGUUUGAUUAAGCCAUUGAUCAUUAAAAAAAAACUAUGUCCUUUAUGUUGUUUUUUUUUUUUUUCGAACAAAUCCUUUAUGUUGUUAAAUCUCAAAGAGACAAAGACAUGCUCACUAGUCACUACACUCUGGCUUAGUGGCGUUGUUUGGUAACAGGGUUUAUUUUAUUCCA